GGCUUUCUGUUAUUCGCCAAAAAAUAAUAUUCUUGAGACGCUUGUCAAAGGGAUACCAGCACCUGCUGAAUUUGGGGAACGACUGCCCUAUGUUGAGGGCUUCGCCAAUGCCAAGGCCUUAGAGGAAGUAAUUACAACAAAUUCAUCGUACAAAGGUGCUACCGGCAUAGAGUUCCCCGACGAAUGGUCCCAUAUAUCCGAAGUGCCGAAUAGAUUUCGAUUUGCUCUGCGUUUUCCCGUUAACAACGGGAUUUUGGAAUACUCAAAAUUUUUGUUAUAUAUUUAAUGUGUGUGUUUUUAUGCCCGUUCACAAUGGAUGUUAAGAACAUUGUCGAGGAAAAGGAGCUUCAGCUGAAGGAAAUGUUGAACAUCUUCGACGUUAGCAACUCGCUGCAAUGGCUGGCCUGGUAUGUCAAAUCCAUGAUAGUUUUAUUCAUAGUAUCUCUGAUUGUUACAAUCGUUUGGACGGUGAUCGCUCUGCCCGAGUCGGAAGACAGAGGACCUUUUUCCGGAAUGGCCCUUCUCCCUCACACCGGCUGGUCGGUCUUUCUGUUCUAUCUGCUUGUGUGCAGCCACUGUUUCAUUUGCUUUGGCUUCCUGGUCAGCUCCUUUUGCGCACGCACCAAUUGGUGUGCCAUCAUUGCCGUCCCUGUGUUCAUAGCCAGCGCUUUGCCCAAGUUUGCCACAGACAGUGAAAGUACUGGGACACUGCUGAAUAUCCUGUGCAGCAUUUUCGUUGUGUCGGGAAUGAUUUUGGUCAUGGAUCGCAUUUCCAUAUGGAAGGAGGCGCGUCUGGGCCUGCAAUGGAGCAAUCUCUUUCAGACGUCGUGGCUUGGCGACACCAUAAGCGUGGGUGCGAUACUAAUGAUCAUGCUGCUGUUCAGCCUCAUCUCGAUCCUCAUCUGCCAGAUCUGUCACAGCCGUGGAAUUUCCCGUGCACCAAGCACUUCUGGUGUCCGGCCAAGUACAUAUGUAAGACGAGUACUAUCGCCGACCGGGCUCUUCCCUGUCCAGCCCAACGACGAGGAGCGAGCUUCGGGUCAGUCAGUGAAACGUAAGCCCUCCAAGUUCGUGGAUGUCAACGCCAAAGGCAAAACACCUGGUGUACAAAUCAAAAAUCUCAGCAAAAGCUUUGGUAAGCGACAGGUGGUCGUUGGCCUCACAUUCGAUUUGUUUGAGAACGAGAUCAUGGUGCUCCUGGGACACAAUGGUGCGGGCAAGACCACGACCAUACAAAUGUUGACGGGAACCAUUCAGCCCAGCUCCGGCACAGCGAUCAUCAAUGGCUUCGACAUACAAGCCGAUCGGGCCCAGGCCCGUCAAUCCUUGAGUAUUUGUCCGCAGAGAAGCGUCUUCUUUGGUGGUUUAAGUGUGGCCAGUCACCUUCGCUCCCUACAGCCGCCUCAGAGGCCUAAAGGGGGCAGCGGUCAAACAGAGGUGGAUAAAUACUUACAGAAGCUUAGCCUCAAGGAAAAGGCCUCCAGCUCGGCCAGAAGCCUCUCUGGCGGCACCCAGCGACGUCUCGCCGUGGCCUGUGCCCUGUGCGGCAACGUCAAGGUUCUGUUCUGCGACGAACCCAGUUCGGGUCUGGAUCCCAACUCUCGGCUCGAACUAUGGAAGCUGUUGCUGGACGAGAAGCAGGGACGCACCAUUCUGCUCACCACACACCAAAUGGACGAGGGCGAGGUACUGGCUGAUCGCAUUGACAUCAUAAGUGAUGGUCGGCUCCGUUGCCUGGGCUCACUGGCGUUCCUCAAGAAACAAAACGAAACCAGCUAUCUGCUCACCUGCGAGAAGGGCCCCAACUGCCAGGUGUCCAAGUUGACCCAACUGAUAGCCGCCCACGUGCCCAACACGCGGCCUCAUAGUAACAUUGGAUCAGACGUGUCCUAUCGAUUGCCGCACCGCUAUUUGGGAUCCUUUGGGUCACUAUUCAGCGACUUGGAGCAGCAGAAGGAGCAGCUGGAUGUUGUGGGAUUCGGUCUUAGCUCCACCAGUCUUGCAGAAAUAUUUAUGUCGCAUGGUGCGGAAGAUCUUGGGGGCGGUGGAGGUCGCACUAGCGGCGGCGGCGGAUCAGAUGUGCAGCGCCAGAGCCAGAGACAGAGUCAGGAACAGAGUCGUCGUCCCAACUUUUGCCUGCGCCACCUGGGCCAGUGGGAGGCCAUGCUGCUGAAGAAGCUUCUCUACAUGUAUGAUAGGAAAUGGAUAUUUCUGGUUAUCCUGCUGUUGCCUUUAAUCCUCUACGUUGUUGUUCUGAUCCGUAAGCCAUCGGAGAUGUCCAUACUGAUCAGGCUGCCGAUGACACUGGCCGAUUAUAAAAGCGAUAACGUGAAAAUAAUAUUGCAAUCGACAUUGGAAACCAAGAAAACGCCCGAAAGGAUGUACGAAAUGAAGCGCAAUCUUAUAGCAGCAGUCACAGUCGACCAGGAGACAAUCGCCUGGUGUAUGCAUCGUCUCUUCCUACAUAGUGCUCCACUUUCGCUCAAUCUAGCAUUCAACGCCAUGGCCAAAGCGAUGCUGGGUCCCGAGGCGAGCAUAGAGGUAACCAAUGCCCCCUACAAAGAAGCGGAUGGAGAAGGACUUAAGACAAUAGUGUAUUUCAUUGUUGGCUUUGCUGUUACGCUAUAUCUGUCCAUUGUCCUGGCGGUAUUCGCCAUCAUGGUGGCGCAGGAGAAGGUAACGCAGAUUAGGAUGCAGCAACAGGUGUCCGGCGUGAACAUGGCCACCUACUGGCUGUCCCACUACAUCACAGACUUGGCCCUCUACUUUGUGUUUGCGCUGCCACUGUUGCUGGCGGUGCAUGCGAUGUGCCAUCCCGGGCAGAUGCUGUUGAUACUCAUGAUCAUCGGAGUGGCGGGUCUGCCCUUUACCUAUAUGAUGGCAUGCCUUUUCAGAGAUGCUGGCACGGCAGUGCUCAUAAUUGCCAUCUUUAACAUUCUGUUUGAUGCUGCUUUUGCCCUCAUCAUUGCACUGUCAUGGAAAAUUGAUUUGGAAGUGUUCAUAGUUCGGAUGAUGGAUGUAUAUUACAUUUAUCCUGUGUUUACUGGCUAUUUUGCGGUCGUAAACUGCUGUAUAAGAUUUACAAAUUGCCAAUAUUUUACUGUUCCGAAGGAGGAAUUAGAUGAUUAUUUUGCGCUCUGUACUCCCGUAAGAACAAUUAUUACGCCCCCGUGUUCCUGCCUCGACCUUCUGGAUUGGCUGGAGGUGAGGUAUCUGCUUAUUACUGGCACUGUCUACUUGUUGCUGCUGAUUUUUGCCGAUUACAGUGAAAUGUGUUGGCAAGGCAUAAAACAUAUUAUUUGUUGUUCUUGUUGUAACCCAAAUGUGCCUAUCAACGAUGAAGAUGUGGCUGCUGCGGCCAAAAGGAUAAGUAAAAUGUCGAGCGAGGAUCGCAAGAAGCAGGCUUUGGUCUUAAACCGGGUCUCGAAAAGAUACUGCCGCGUGUCUGCCGUACGUGGAAUAUCCUUCGCUGUCAAACCGGGCGUGUGCUUUGGCCUGCUGGGUGCCAAUGGGGCCGGUAAAACGACAACCUUUAAUAUGAUUGUGGGCGACAUUGGCAUGACGAUGGGCAGUAUUCACGUCAGAGGCUGCAGCCUUAAGCUCCGUCCCACGGCAGCGAGGAAGCAGAUCGGCUACUGCCCCCAGCACGACACGCUCUUCGACUUUUGCACUGGCCGUCAAACACUGAGGAUCUUCCUUUUGCUGCGCGGCACACGCCGGAGUCUCGUCAAAGAUGCCACCGAAAAGUUGGCCACCGACUUUGGCUUUUUUGCGCACCUGGAUAAAAAGGUCAAAUACUACAGAGGCGGUACCAAGCGAAAGUUAAACGCAGCAGUGGCCGGCGAGGGCUCUUCGCUCAUUUGUCUGGACGAGCCUAGCUCUGGAGUUGAUCCGGCGUCACGGCGCCAUGUGUGCAGUAUCCUCUCCUCCCUGCGUGACCAGGGUAAGGCGGUGGUACUUAGCUCUCAUAGCAUGGAGGAGGUGGAGGCCCUGUGCACGCAAUUGGCUAUUAUGGUGGAUGGGCAAAUUCAUUGCCUGGGAUCGCAGCAGCGCAUCAAGAAUAAGUUUGCCCAGUCUCUGGUGCUCAAGUUACAUGUGGAGACGAACGCGGAAAGCAUGGCGCACACUCUACAGAAGAUAAAGAAUCAAAUGGAAUCGGACUAUCCCACGGCAUCGCUAGAAGAAGAGUUUGGUGGCAGGCUCACUUACCACAUACCCACUGACAAGCUGAGAUGGUCGAAGGUAUUCUCGUACAUCGAGAGGAAUCGCAGCCCGUGGAAGGUGGCAGACUACUCGCUGACGCAGCCGUCGCUGGAAGAUGUAUUUCUGGACAUUGCCAAGAAGAAAGCCAACGAAAAGAAUCAACAAAAGAAUCAAAGAAAUAAUCAAUACAGGCAACCGAAGAGUCGUGCUCCCAAGAAGGAUGCUUCCAAAUCUGAUAAAGAUAAAGGCCGCGGCACGAAUACGAAAUACGGUAUACGAAAAAUACGGUAG